GCGACUGUGGAAAGUUUGAUGGAAGAACAGAGCAGAAAACCAAGAAAAGUAAGAGAGGAGGAAGAUGAGCAAGAAAUAUGGAGUUGGGGGGCUGGUACGGAUGGCCAACUGGGCACAGGCAGGCUUGAAGACGAUCACCUUCCUCAACUCCUUCAUCUUCCUUCUUUAUCAUCUCUCGGUCCCAUCUCUCUUCUCGCUUGCGGCGGCGCUCACGUUAUCGCCUUAACCGCCGGUGGGAGGGUACUGACAUGGGGAAGAGGAACAUCAGGUCAGUUGGGCCAUGGAGAGAAUGCUAAUAGCUUAUAUCCAAACCCUGUUACAUCCUUGGAAAGCUACACGAUAAUUAAUGUUGCUGCUGGAUGGAACCAUUCUGGGUUUGUUUCUGAUAGUGGAUGCCUUUUUAGUUGUGGUGAUGGAUCAUUUGGUCAGCUUGGGCAUGGUGAUUACAGGUCACAUUGCUCUCCUGUUAAAGUAUCAUAUUUUGUUAAUAAGCAUGUUCGGCAGGUAGCAUGUGGUAUGCGCCAUUCACUUGUAUUAUUGAGAGAUUCGUCCAAAGAUCAAGUCUAUGGAUUUGGAUCUGGAAAACGAGGUCAACUGGGUAUCUCGAUGGAUAUGGUAAAAUCCAUUAACCUUCCCCAGGUUACACUUGGAUUUGAGGAUGUUGAAAUCACUAACAUCACCGCAAAUGGAGAUCACAGUGCUGCAUUAUCUGCUGAAGGCCAUCUGUACACUUGGGGAAGAGGGUUCGCUGGCACUUCUUCUCAUCUGUGUCCUCAACGUUUGUCUUCAUCCUUACUGUUCACUGGUGUAGCUCUUGGAUGGAAUCAUGCUUUAGUAUUGACCAGUGAUGGGGAGGUUUUUAUGCUUGGAGGCAGCCACCAUGGAGCACUAGGUUAUCUAGAGAAAUUGACUCCAGAGAAGCACUCAUCUGAUUUCAGGGAAGCUGCUCUAGAGAAGGUCCAUGACACUGAUGGAGCGAAAGUUAUGCAAAUUGCAGCUGGAGCAGAGCACUCUGCUUUUGUAACGGAAAAAGGAGUCGUGAAGACAUGGGGCUGGGGGGAGCAUGGUCAGCUGGGAUUUGGCAGCACACGAGAUGAGACAGAUCCGCAAGUUGUGAAUGUAGGUCAAGAGCUCCUGAACCAGGAUUUCACAGUCAAUGUAUAUUGUGGAAGUGGCUUUACAUAUGCCUUGAGGAGAAGAAGACUUCCUUUCACCUCUCCUAGCUGAUAUAUUCACGUCGUGCUGCCGUUUUGAUCUUUUUUCUUUUCCGUUUUAACGGCCACGGAAGAGUUUGUCCUACUCUGAUAAAUUUGUGUUGUAUUAUAUAAUCAUUUAUUUACAUUUUA